CUGCAACACGCCAUCAUCUCCGUAGGACUGGUAAAAUGCAGGCCUCCAACAAUUGAAGUCUCGAUCCCCGGCGGCGAGGACAGCGAGUCAGGAGCGACUUACACUAUGCUACACCUCAAAAAAGUUGAGCAGUGGCGUAUCUCGCACUUUAUCAACCCACAGAUACUUCAGGAGCAAUUUGCAUGUCGUUCGAAGGAUGUUGGAGUAAUUGCUGAAGUCUUAAAUUCAUGCCUUGACCCUCAAGAGGAUGAAGAUGAGGCUGACGAGGACGAGGAACAUAUGUUUCAUAAUGAACAGGAGCGAUUUGCAUGUUCAACUGGUGAUGGAGAAAGUAGAGAAGUCCUAAACGAUCCAAAGGUAGAUGAGGAUGAACAACUUAGGCAGGAGCAAUUUGCAUGUCGUUCGAAGGAUGUUGGAGUAAUUGCUGAAGUCUUAAAUUCAUGCCUUGACCCUCAAGAGGAUGAAGAUGAGGCUGACGAGGACGAGGAACAUAUGUUUCAUAAUGAACAGGAGCGAUUUACAUGUUCAAUUUGUGAUGGAGAAAGUAGAGAAGUCCUAAACGAUCCAAAUGAGGAUGAGGAUGAACAACUUGGGCAGGAGCAAUUUGCAUGUCGUUCGAAGGAUGUUGGAGUAAUUGCUGAAGUCUUAAAUUCAUGCCUUGACCCUCAAGAGGAUGAAGAUGAGGCUGACGAGGACGAGGAACAUAUGUUUCAUAAUGAACAGGAACGAUUUGCAUGUUCAACUGGUGAUGGAGAAAGUGGAGAAGUCCUAAACGAUCCAAAUGAGGAUGAGGAUGAACAACUUGGGCAGGAGCAAUUUGCAUGUCGUUCGAAGGAUGUUGGAGUAAUUGCUGAAGUCUUAAAUUCAUGCAUUGACCCUGAAGAGGAUGAGGAACAGGAGCGAUUUUCAUGUUCAACGGGUGAUGGAGAAAGUGGAGAUGUCCUAAACGAUCCAAAGGAGGUUGAGGAUGAACAACUUGGGCAGGUGUGUGCCAAGAAAAACUUUACUGCUGGUCCCUCUCAUGGGACCACAGUUCUAUGGCUUCGGGUUUCCCCUACGCAUAUUUUAGUUGCUGUUGACUCGAGAGAAACUCAGAUGUAUAAAGUUUCAGAUCCUAAUCUUAAAGAUCUGGAAAUGCUAAAUAACGAUGCUGCAUGCAAAUUUGCCGUGAUCUUGAGAACAAACUUCCUCACGUUAGUCGGAGACACCAACAGAUGUCAUAACAUGGUCUCCUUUGUCCAAGAUGAAAUUAUUAGUCGGAAUUUGCCGGAGGAGCUGUCUAAUGUUGUCAGCCUUGCCCAUGAAUUCUUCUUUCGAUUUCCUCGCAGUAGAAAUGAAGUGCAUUCCACGAUUCACAUCUGUGGCUGGUUACCUCGUGAACACUUUUCUUUGCCACUCUAUGUAAAUGAAGAAGUGUUUGGAGGUGGGAGUGGGUCACUUAAUGCACAGAACCGUUUACGAGGGUAUGCCUCAAAAGAUAUACAUGCUCUUGUGUGGGAAAUGAUGAUAGCAUCUAUAGAAGAUCUUUACACUGGAGGGCUAAUAAGAGUUUAUUCUCUUAAGGAACUAGGGGUAUUCCACUUGGAAUAUGAAAGAGGUCUCUUUGAUGAGUUAUGCAGUCAGAAUGGAAUGUUUCAUGACAUAAUUUUUGAUGGCAAAAGCAUGCUUGUGGUGGUUCAUCAAGAUGCAGUGCAGCUAAUUGGCCCAGCUGAUUUAGAGUUUCAUGUCAGGGAUAGAAGAAUCUGGUCAGGAAUAUCACGAACAAAUAUUCGGUGGCUCGGGUUUACGAAGGAUUCCCUUGUAUAUUCAGUCGCAUUGUCAUCUUCAGAGAUCUGCGAUCAGUGGUUCGCUAUGUGUCCUGUCACUCAAGGACGCAUUCGUCUUGGCAUUUACACAAACUUAAAUAACAUUUCUUGUCGGUAUGCUCUCGCAUAUGCGAACCACGAGAUGUUACAUGGGAUCCGGAACGCCCAAUCCUUUGAUGACUUGACUCAGCUGUGAUUUGGAGUUGGAAUGGAGUAUUUUUGAAACAAUGAAAUUUUGUAACAUUUUUAAAGUAGUAUUACAUGAAAUAGGGCAUGGUUGAGUUCUGUUUGCUACCUCUAUGAAGUGUUGAACAUAUAUAAAGAACAUCUUUAUUCCUGUUCCUUGUAUGGUGCUCUAUUUUCUCUUAUUUUAUUGUUACACUGCAAAUUCUUGAUUUUUUUAUUCAAUUUGAAAAUAUGCUAUCAGUGCAGCUUAUUGGAUCUGGAUUUUGGUUAGCUUGAACUUUCAAAUUUGGUUAGAUUGUUACACUUGCAAAUUCUUAUGUAUGUUCUGUUUUUGGUG